CCGAAUCACUUCAAUGGAACUCUUCAAACUGUGACCAUCGACUGUAAUAACCUCGACUCAUAUAUACACAAGAGAGAGAGUUUAGACCAGAGGAGCUUGAGCCUGUAGUGUGGCGUAAACAUGAUGACGACAACCAAACAGAUGGUCGAGUAUAACCCUACAAGAGACGUCAAAGUGUCGUCGUGUCUCGCCCAAGGUCGUCGUGUCAUCCUGUAGACGAGGUCGUGGAGGACAAUGACGAAUAUUAUGUUAUCUCUGUGGCUGACGCUGUUGAUCGCCUGCCUCCUUCAGCCUACUACCGUCUACUGCUUCGGUCCACAGAGCCUCGUCAGCAAACACCACCACCACCAGUACCAACCACAACAACAAAUCCCUCACCAGUCUUCACUACCCAAUGACACCCCAUCCACAGAGCACCAGAAAUCCUCCCCCAUGUACCAGACGUCCCUCCUACAGGAUGAGUUGCGUCUGCAGGAGGAAAGGAAGAAAAAUAGGACUCUCCCAGCUACACCUCAGAGGAGCUUCUUUCCAAUGUAUCCUAAGAGCCUCCUGGAGAAUCGAGAUCUCCUGAAGGAAUUUGCAAACUUGGAUCCAGAUUCUCUCAGACUGAGUUCCUCCCCGUCAGAACCUUCAGGAGAUGACGAGGAUGAUUCUGGGAUUGAUCCGGCGUGGCUGCUGAAGGUGUGGCAAGACAUGAAGUCAUUCUACCUCCCCUCCGCCAAGUACAUAGACAACCAAGACUGUGAGAAAGACACCAGUGAUAUAAACAUUAUCUUGCACUACAAAAAACUCUUAAGACCCAUCCUGAAGAUGAUAGACUCGUGGGGUAAGGUGCCAGAUGGGUUCUUCUUCGGCAACAUCAGGGUGCCAGGUAUGUACGAGGAGUGCCUGAACGUCGAGGCACACUACAACCUCACCGCCUUGGUCGACCUACAUUGGGUGACCACACUCAGGAACUACACUGGCCGCUACUGUACUAUUUAUUACCAGCCGGUCAACAGCACCCUCCUCCUCCAACAGCCGUCAGAGAGGAAGGUGGGGUCAGGGGCGGCACUUGUUGACCUGGCGUCUCCUCUACCCUUCUCGUAUGGCACCUGUAUGCCCUCCACCUGUACCUCCGAUAACCUCUUGGUACGUCCACUGCCCUCCACCUGUACCUCCGAUAACCUCUUGGUACGACAACUACCCUCCACCUGUACCUACCUCCGAUAA